AUGGUGGCAUACACGGAUAUGUCAACGAAGAAGCAACGAAAUUGCUUGCCGGGCUUAUGGACUCUGCUCGUAGCCAUGCUGCUCUUCAUCUUCACGCUCAUGGGCGUUGCUCUGCUGGAAGCGAAUCGGGCUCAGUCGGAUGAGCAUCAACGUCUGAGCGAUGUGUUCCUUGUGCGGCGCCUGUGGUCGAAGUUUGCAGCAUCCACGAACGCCUCGGACGAUGCAGUUGCAGCAACUGUGGAUCGCAUUGCUAGGGAUGCGAAGAAUGCCAGUGGAAUCGCAGCAACUGGCAGGAGUAACAGCUACUAUGAGGAGCAGCAGGCGGUGGUUGUGAAAGAGGAAAGCGCUCCACCGGCUAUGGCCGAGCGCAUGGAUUCAUUUGGACCGCCGCAGGGUAGGUCAUACGAGCUGGAUCCCAACUAUGAUGAUUAUGGCGGGGAACAAACUGAAUCUGAAGAGGAAGCAGGCGAGGGCAGAGCGGCUCAGGGCAGACCCAACGAUUCCUACUACACGCAAUGGAAAUAUGCCACACAGACAACAUCACCUCCCGGCAAUAUCCGCAAAUUGGAGCCAGCAGGCAAUCGCCCGCCCUAUGCCGCCUACGACGAAGUGUAUGAUUAUCCCAUGGGCUUUCAGCCGCGUCCCCAGGAACAGCUCGUCUCUAAGCAGGCGGCAACCGUUGCACCUGUCCAUGCAGUGGCCUAUGCGCCAGUGUCCACGGAAUCAUCGCUGGUCACAUUUUUGAAGACACUGAAACAAAUGUGGGAUCUAUAUCAGGCACUGAUGAGCGCCUGGGGCUCGGUGGCCGAACGUCAUCGGCAGAGUGACGAGCAGCUGAAGAAGGAGCGGCUAGAGAAGCAACGUCUGCGCCAGCAACAGCAGCAGCAACUGAAUAAGUCCAGAGUCAACUCCAAGAAACCGCAACGUGCUAAUGGCAAUAAAGAUGCAAAGCCAAAUCAGAACAAAAAGGUGAAGACAACGACGACAUCAACCACAACAACGAGCACCAGCAGCUCGAACGAAUCAAAUGAAGCCGAGGAGGCAACAGCAGCUCCAGUUGCAAUCGUAGAAGCUGUCAAAGCCGAUGCUACUAAGAAAGAUGAUGCCAAGGAAGAUGCUGCGGUGCGUGGCAUGAGACACAGGCGGGAGCCGGAGCCAGCCAGCACUGAUGUUGGUGAGGGGCGUUAUAUCAAGGGUGAUCCACUCAAAGGCUAUUAUGAUUUCGUCAUCACCGAGGGCUCCUACAAGUUCUGGGCUGCCUUUCAGGUGGGCACGGCACUUCUAAUCAUCUAUUCCACAUUCGCUGCCAUUUACUACUCCAAGGUAAAUCCAUUGACUAGCGAUUAUGAUUAUCAGGAUUAUCUGGGUGCCGGGCGUUCGAUGACGGGCGGCGAUGAUGAUUUUGUGGACGACAGCGACCCAAGCACUCAAACAAAGCCCACGUCGCGUAUUAUGGAUUGGCUGCCACGUACAGCUCAUUCGCUUAAAUUCAUACUGGAUGCUAUUGACAAAAUGCCACUAGAUCAUGAUAAUAAAGAGGAAACAGUCUGGUCAACGGGGAGUAGCGAUACAACAGAUAAUGCAACAGGGGCAAGCAGUUAG